UUGUGUUCCUGCUAUGUUUUGCAGUCAGAGGUAUUAUGUUUUGCGAAUGAAAGCGCGUGAUAGUUGUGUUAAGAAUGACAGCUCCAGAAUGUGGUUCAUUUUGUAGGUUCAAGUAGUAUUGUAUUUAACAUAUUAAAUUCAGUCGAUUGAAUUUAGUGACAAUUUAAACAUGGCAUCAGUGUCACAAACUGGAAAACUCCAAAGACAAGAUACCGGAAUUGUUACGAACUCGACGAAGAAACCUCUUCUAAAUCUUUUUCCUCAGAGAACGGACUGCAAAUAUACACCAUGUUAUUGUGAAGAAAAUGUGUGGAAACUCUGCAGUGAUGUAAAUACACGACACCAAACAGAAUUGCAACAUUGCCACAUUGUAUUUGUCUCCAAUGACUGUCGCACUAUACCUCUCUGGAGGCAGAAAGCUGGUAAAGAAGAAGAAAAGUUGAUUAUAUGGGACUACCAUGUACUGUUGUUGUACAACCCUGAUGACCGAUGUCUUGUGUAUGACUUGGACUCAGAGCUGCCAUUCCCAACAUAUUUCCACAAAUAUGUCACUGAAACAUUUCGGACUGACCAAAUACUCAAGCCAGAUUACUUCAGGUAUUUCCGAGUAGUACCAGCAUCAGUGUUCCUGCAGCACUUCGCAUCUGAUCGGCGUCAUAUGAAGCGGGCUGAUGGUUCUUGGAUCAAGCCCCCACCUGAUUAUCCACCUAUCUCAAUACCAGCAAGUGCACAUAAUUUGGAUGAGUUCAUCAACAUGGACCCAACAAAGGGUCUUGGACAAGUCAUGAACCUGACUCAACUUGUAAAGACCUUUUACCAACAGCCAUAGUCAGAGAUGAAUAAAUGUUGUGUUGGCAGUUGUGAGCCGUCAGAUUGUGUUUUCACUCUUAACCACUGUUGAAUUGGUUGGGAAAAUUUGUCUGCAGAUUGCUUUGUCAUCAGUUUGUAAAGCUAUCCUGAUCUUCUUAUUAAUACAGAUAAGAGAAGAGUAUGAAGGGUGGAAGUAAGUCCUUGAAAGUAUUCAGUAGGUAACAGCAUAUGGAAUCAUUUGUUGCAUUUAAUUGGCAGUAGUAAAGAGACCAUGAUUUGUAGAACUUAAACUUACAGUAUCCCUGUUACCUGUUACAGCAGACAGUCAUAAUUAGCAGGUGUGUCACCAGCAGUUUUUCAGUUCACUAUAUAUUUUUAGGUCUAAUAAAACUUUUAUUAUUAUAAAAUGUAAUUGUGUGCUUAAAAGUAAACAUACUUCUGUGUGCUGUUUGUCAUUUGUUAAAUAUUGAUAACUGUCUUUUGGAAUUCAGGCAUCUUUGACAAUAAGAAAGAAAAAAAUGUUUAAUGUUAUUAAAAUUCCUAGAAUUGUUUAAACAUUUAUUUUCUUGUUCAGACAUUCAACCGAAACAUUUUUAAAUCACCAAAUUGACAAGCAGAGGAAAUGUAAGAGCAAUUGUGAUUUGCUGACAAAGGAAGAUUAUUUUUUACCAUAUUUUCAUCUUAACAUUUUAUUUUUAUCUCAUUUAGAAUCUGAGAAAGACUAACUUUAGUGUGACCUUGUGUUUGUUUUAUUCACUACUCACCUUCUGCUGUGACACUUGAGGGACUAUAGUUUUCUAAAACUCUGAAAAUUUGUUAAUGUUGGCCAUUUAAUGCAGCAUUAUGCAUUAAAAUACUGUCUGCUGGUUUUGGAGGACAGCCAUCAGAUGCAUGCAUUCAUACAUCCAAUGCAGAUGCUCUCAUAUGAAACUGACACCAAAAGGUAAAAGUGGUGUUUAUGGUUAAGCAUAUUAAUGACAUAUGUUUUUGUCUUAAUUAAAUUUGCUGAUGUUGGUGAGAAUUUAAGGUUUGAAGUGACAUGGUAAUAUUAUGAUAAUGUAUGUGCUUGUUGAAAACAACUUUAAAACUUGAAACAAUGGUCUUCUGGGUUCUUGUUUGGAGGAACAUAUUAUCUUCAUCUUCAAGGUUUAAAUGAGGAGGAAUGGGUACUGAAGUUCCUUCCAAAUUUCGGUAUACAACCAAGGAAUACGUGGUGAACAACCCUGUCUUCCUCAUGAGUCUAAGGGCAGACUUCUCUUCCUACUUUUACUUUUGAACCAGCCUUACCAUUUAGUGUUCUGCAUAGGACUUUUCCUUGCUCCUUUGGGCUGGACCCAGCUCUGUAACACUCCCUUAGGACUGUUCGGCCAGUGUUCUUCAAUCUAACCGUGUAUAACUCAGCAGUACCUGUCUGUCCUCACUUCAGCCCAGAAGAUGGAUGCAGAAUGUUCCUCCAAAACUUCAGUAUACAACUAAAAGACUACAUUGUGCAACAACUUUGAAAAAACUAUCUCACAUUCCUGUGAACAUCUCAAAUCCUACUUUACAAAUUGAAAACUUUUUUGUUAGUAGUUUUGUAUAAAGAAAGAAUGAAAUUUGUCUGUGUUUUUACCUGAAACAUUUCUUGUUUUAACAAAAUGAAAUUAUUGUAUUUAAAAUACAGCUAUGUCUACACUUUUUAAUUGUUAUGUACAUUUUAAAUGUCAAGUUACAAAUUGUUUGUCAUAUGUACCAGUUUUGUAGCAACUUUCAAAACAUCUCUUGCUUUCUGCUAAAUAAUUUUCAUGGUCAUAACAUUGAUCAUAUUGAGGAAAGAGAAUUCUGUUUGUAAUCCAAUGAGCAAGUAGGCUGCUGGAAAUGAAAAUUGGAGAGUAUUGUCACCCUCGUGUUCCAACAUGUCAUUGUGGCUUCUUUUCCCAUUGAAUAUCAUGUCAAUAUGCCUUUUCAUUGCUCAAUGUACAGUGGCUAAUUAUGUGUGAAAUGAAUUGUGAAAGUAUGUUGUUUUUCUUCAUUGUGUAUUUCCAAAAUUGGGAUAUUAUGUUUAGAAGCACAUGGAGUACAGAUUUUUGUUUUGGAUAAAACUGAUUAAAUGUUUUUGGCUUAUUUUUGUAAGUAUAAAAAUACAAUUUUUGUUCAUGA